AUGACGACCAACGGAAUUCGCAUCAUUUUUGGCGGCGCUUGCUUUGUUGAAAGUACCGUCGAAGAAGUUGACUCAUGGCUCAACGUUCUCGAAAGGACAAGCAUUAAAAACAUUGAUACCGCGGAGCUGUAUGGCCAAUCGCAGUUCUUGCUUGGCAAGACGGGCGCUCCCUCCAGGUUUACCAUUGACACCAAGGUGCCUGGAGGCUUUGGCGGGGAUUUAUCAACCGCUGAGGCUGUGUUUAAGUCCGGCAAAAGGAGCCUGGAACUCCUCGGGGCAGACAAGGCAAGCAAAUAUCCCUCCAUCUUUUUCCAAUACAGGUGUUUGAAUGGCAAUUAUUCGGCCGUUGCCCGUCAUAUCGAGGUCGACAUUUUCCCAAUUAUACGCAAAUACGGCAUGGCAUUUCAUGCUUACAGCCCUAGCGCCGGUGGGUUUUUGACCAGGCCAAAAAAUGCGCUCAACGAAGGUCGAUUCGGCAAAGACACCUCUUUCGGUAAAUUAUAUAACAGUUUGUACAAUAAGCCUAGCCUCGUCGAGGCAUUGGACGUUUGGGGAAAAAUCGCCGAGGACGAGGGCGUUGAACGCGGCGAGCUCGCCUACCGCUGGGUCGCGUACCAUUCCAAACUAAAGGCCAAAUCUGGCGACGGCAUUAUCGUCGGUGCGAGCAAGCAGCAGCAGCUCAUGCUGACUGUGGAAUGGUUGAGAAAGGGACCCCUAACCGAUGGUACUGCCGGGAGUAUAAACGCUCUUUGGGAACUUGUCAACGCUGAAGCUCUAAUCCACAACGUUUGA